GUUUGCUUAGAUGGAGAUUUUUUCCUGUGUGUGCUUGCAUUUUCCUACAUUGGAGGUCACCUAGGAGUCUCAUCCAAUGGGCGCCUGCGCGCCACCUUCUGAUUAGCUCGGGCUGAGCUCCCGCAGCCAACCAACCAGCAGCAUUAGGCCUCGAACUGUGAGCCCCGGGGAGAGGAGACCUUGCCCGGAGCCCGCUUCUUGGACCUUACCUUGAACCUGCCCGUUUGGACCUUGCCCCGAACCUGGUGCUUGAACUGGAGAGGGAAGGGUAGACUGCAGCCCAGAGUCCUUCACUCGUUGGGACUGGAAAGAGGAACAGAGGGAAGGAGGAGUGCGCCUAGUUAGCAGGCAGCGCGAAGCCCCGCCGGGAGGAGCCAACUGCAAGCCCCGGAGAUGCAGUCGCUCUCUCCGCACAAGCGGCGCGGAGGAGGAGAAGGAAGAGGAGGGUCGGCGGAGCGAGGAGGAGAUGGAGGCUUCCACCUUAACCCCUGCAGGCAGCGUCCGGGACCCGGGCCGGAGCUCUCCGCUUCGGCCCAACGCCUCCAUUCUCCUGAAGGCGAAAGAGGCUCGGGGCACGGCAAUGCUUCGGAACUGAUAGCCCGCGGCAACAGGGAUGCGGUCGCCGCUCCCCCGUGGCUCGGUGCGCCCCCGGCACCGGCCUGGAGCCCCACCGGAGCAGCCGGGAGCAAAGCUGUUGCUGCUGGGAAAGCGGGGUCCGGGGCCCCAGCUACCGCGGCUUGCCCGGGGGCGCUGUCCACUGCUGAAGCCGCAGCGGCGCCGGGGGCCGAAGACUCGACACUCCCUGCCUGGAUGCGCCUCUACUUCUACGGAAUGCACGGCAUCACCUUGGACGUGCUCAUUUCCUGGGCUCGAGGUUUCCUCCACAGCCCCGACCUGAAGAUGCUGGGUUUCUCCACUCCCUACCACUGUCUGCUGCACUCGCUCACCCAGUUCGCCCUGGAGAAGGUCUAUCUGCAGCGUCGCCACUGCCCCAGCACCUUCGCCUUUAAUUUCUUCUUGUACCCCUCGGUCCACUUGGGGCUGCAGACCUUGGUGGGCAAAGCACUGCUACUGAUAAGCCACGGGGGGCGGCAGGUGAGCGAAGCUGCUCCCGGAGCGCUGGAUCUGGCUCUCCAGUACGUCCUGGCAGUCUAUUACUCCCAAGUGUUUCUCAAGAGGUUCCUGCGCUUGCGAUACCGCCGCCCGCAGCCGCAGCCGUCCUGGCGCGGCCCCCCUCUUCUGUCCGACUCUCGGACAGCUGCGGCGCCCAGCACCGGGCGACCGCGGCCCCGAGGCGCCGGGGUGGUCGGAGGAGCAACCAGCCAAGGGCUCCCCGACCUUUUCCGCUUUCUCUUCUUCGGGAUGCACGGUUUCCUAGAUGAGAUCUUUUUCACUUUCUUCUUUAACCUCCUAGGACAGGAGGAUGGGGCUAUCAACGGCCACACUUCUCUCUGGUCUUUUUUUAUGUACGGCAGUUGCAGCUUCGUGGUAGAAAAGCUCUACUUCUAUCUGCACUACAGCCGAGGCUGGGGGACUUGUAAGAGGAUUCCCAUCUACGUUCUCUUCAUCUACACGUGGGAAUUUUCUUGGGGACUGGGACUCCGCAUGUGUGGGGGCUGCUCGUGGGACUAUUCUCACUAUCCAUUGAAUUUCAUGGGACUCAUCACCCUGAUGUAUUUGCCGGGUUGGAUAUUUCUUAGCUUCUACCAGGACCUGCUGUCUAAUGUGUUGUGGCGUGUACAAUACAUACCAGUUAAAUGAAAUAGAAAAUAAUAAUAAUAAUAACUGGAAGUCCCAGGACAUUUUCUAAAGGAAGUUUAAGCGGGUGGGGGCAAUACUUUUUAAUCUUUUACUUUUUAUAUAUUUUACUAAAAUCUCUUUAAACACGUUUUAUUUACAAUUUUGAUUUUCUGGGCUUAUUGAACUUAUGAAUAAUAUAGUACCUUGAAAUGUGGCACUUUGGAGAUAUAUUCUAACUCAAAGUAUUUAACUCUUCUUUUAAAACUUUUACUACACACAGCACACACACACAAAACCUUCCUACCUUAAAGACUGAAAGCUGUGGUUUGCACUUAUUUGUGUGUACAUCAGUGACAGCUAUUAAUUAACCUUUAGUAAAUGGGAAGUGCUUCAAAGACCAACAACUUUCAAAAGAUUUAAUGAAGUUUUCUAAUUUUCCUUUACAUAUUAAUCGAGGCUGUUACUUUCCAUGUCAUCAAUGCCUGCUGAAAUUCACUGACCUGUACACCUGAAAUUGCAACUUGUAACUCUUAAAGUGCCUCUGUCUAGCAUUUAAGUGGAAAGAAACUGAUUAAAUGUGGAAAUACAGUCUAAGUAUAGAUUAUUUAAAAAAAAAAGAAAAGAAAAGAGAGAGAGAGAGAGAGAGAGAGAGAGAGAGAGAGAGAGAGAGAGAGAGAGAGGUCUUUCCAAGCAGCUCAGACAGUUGACACUGUGUUAAGACAUUUGAUCUCCAUCUUGGAAAUGACUGCUUUCCAGUGUUGGUUAGCCUUAAACACUAAGUGUAUUAAAGUUGAUAAAAUCUUAUUUUAUCCACGCUUGAUUUUUUUCCUUACAAAAAAUGUGCCUAUAAAACAAAAUGCAUACCUCCAGCAAUGAGAAUAUCUUUCAAAAGUACUCUUAUUCUAAGUCUUUUUCUGGGUCAGGCUUGAAUCUAUGAUACUAUGAUCCCACAGAGAAACAAAAAACCAGGAAGAAUAAAGUACUACUUAUAAAAUCCUAGGAUUCAAAAUCAGAAAGACCAGAAAGAUCAUCUCCUUGAUUUUACAGAUCAAAAUACUGGAGCCCAGGAGAAGUUAAAUUGCUGAGAUCACAUAGACCCACACUGUUAUAAACACAGAUCUAUCAUGUGCCCUAUUCCUGUUCCAUAACAUCUUUGAAAGUAUAUAAUUUUGUCUGGGACCCCUAGAGUCCUACAGUUGGGCCUGUUGUAUCAAUGCUUAGAAUAAAUCAGUGAUGGACUUUUGUGAUUCAUAGUGACUACUCUAAAUUAUAGAAAGAGGAGGGGAAAAACAUUUUAUGUAAACCAAGAAAAUUUGUUUAAAAUACUGUUAAACUCAGGAGCAAUAUAGACUAGAGGUUAAUGCAGAUCACAUAAAAUUAAUCAAAACCAUCUUAAUGCUCAUUUCAGAGAAAGGAAAAUCUGAAAGUUUUUUAAUAUGAAUAUUGCUUUAUUGCAUGUAGAUGCUUGGUAAUAUUUGUUUCCUUGAAAUGAACUGACAUGUAAAAUGCAUGAAAACAAACUGCUAACCCCUAGUCAUCAGUAGUCACCUCAGAAGGCAAAAGAUGUUGGUUUUAAUACAGGCAACUAACUAAAUGGCACAAUGGAUAGAGUGCUAGAUCUGGAAUCAGAAAAAUCUUUCAACACAACCUUAUAUAAGGAAGCAUCUAUCUUCAUUAAAAGUCUAGAGAAUUAUUCCUGAAAUCACUACUUGCUUCAUCUAGGAAAAGGGGUUAUAAACAAAUGCCAACUUCACACAAGCCCUCUUUCAUGACUGAACUACAUAAGAUCUUCAGCUUAUUCAAAAAAAUCAAUUAUCUUUCCACCUCAAUUUCCUUAUCUGUAAAAUGUGAUUAAUCUCAGCAUGGUUGCAAGGCUCAUAUGAGAUAGUAUUUGUAUAUAGUAUUUUGCAAACUUUAAAAUUCUACAUAAAGCUAGCUGCUGUUACUAUGUAGAAAAAUCCUCAAGAUCAUAGAGCCUACUCAUUUGGCUUCCCAGUUAAAAUAUCAACUAAAAUAUCCAUCAAGACAUCCGUGAAGACAAUGUUGUUUUGUUGUCAUUGGAAGUUAGAAAUCCUGGACUCAAUUCCAAAUCUGUCACUAAAUGCCAAAAUUUUAAGUUUAGUCAUUUAACUUCUCCAGGAUUCUACUUCAUCUGCAGAAUAGAAGGGAUUAGACCCUUUCAGCAAUUUGAUCCAAUGAUCAUUUCACUGAUCCAAUCACGAAUAAUGAUCACUUUACCAGAUUUAUAUGGAGACAGUUCUUAUUCAAGAAAUGAUUAUCAGAAUGGUCUGCUUGCUCAAGUAUAUAUGUAUGAAUAUGUUCAAAUUUGUUCUUGAAUGCCAUUUCAUUGCUAAUUUCAAACCACACAUGCAAAGAAAAGCUAGCAUAAGGAAGCGAUAAAUUAGGCAAUUCUACUACUUGUUGGUAGUAGUAGUAUUAGAAGUGUGAUAAUAAUGAUCAAGAAUAUUUUCAAUUCCUUGUGAAUUUCAGUUAUCCAUGUUAUCUUUAUUUCCAAUUACCAGUGGUCAUUAGUUGUGUUACAACCAAAGAUGUCUACAAAUUGAUAGGUAAAAGGAAAUUUAAUCUAGGACUCAGAUCAAUAAUAAAUACUGGUUCUAGUUUUCCAAAUGCUGAAGUCUUCUAUUUGAGUGAUACAUUCUAGUACAGUUGCACAGAACUAUAGAAUGUUGGUUCUGGGAAAGAUAUUAGAGAUCAUGCAGGCCAACCAUUUCAUUUUACAAAUGGGGAAACUGAGGUAUAGAUAAGUAAAACAUUUUGCCUCAGAUUAAAAGCCAAGUGAGGCUUGACUGAGGCUAAAACUCAGUCUUUUGUCUCUCAAUGGUGCCUAUGUGGUCAUCUAAACUUUCUUUACUGUCCUAAGACAGAGAGCCUUAUGUCAGUAAGCUUUGUUAAGUGCCUACUAUGUUCCAGACACUGUGCUAAGAACUAAGGAUACAAAAAUAAAACAAACCCUUUUUGUCAAGAAGCUCACAGUCUAUUAGGGAGGACAAUUUGCAAACAACUAUGAAUAAAUAAGGAUCAGGAUAAAUUAGAAAUGAGAAAUAAAAGAAAGUUACUAGAAUUAGGGUGGAUUGGGAAAGGCUUUAAUAAUAGCCCAAGAAUACAAAAUAACUCACAUUCAUAUAAAACAUUAAGGUCUUCAAAUGGACUUCCUUAUAACCCCAUGAAGUAUCUAGGGCAACCAACGUUAUCUUCCUUUUGCAGAUUACAAAAUGAGACUCUGAAGUGGUAAAUCAUUUAAUCAUUACACCAAAUAAAUGGUUAAGAGGAAAAUCAAACUCAAGUUUUGUGACUUUUUUUUCUAAUAUUCUUUAUACUAUACCAAAUUGUCCUCCCUAAAAAUUAAUAGAAAUAUUUGAGAAAAGAAUGCCUUAGUUUGGUAGUGAUAAGUGCUAGGUGUGUACUGAAGCUAUCUCCUACCGUAUUGUUAUUUUUUUCAGUGUAAGCAUUUAUAUGUCUGAAAUUGGCAUAUCAGGGCUUGAUUGUUUGUUUGUCUAGUCUCAAUAAAAUGAUGGAGAAACAUGGUAAUAAUGAAAAUUAAAUUAAAACAAGUAUCUUGUA